AUGAAGCAGGUCCUCGUAUUGGUUGUGGUGGCGUCGCUUGUGCUUGCCGUGGCGGCCAAGAACCUCGACUUCGCGCUCGAGUAUCGCGGCCAGUGUUCCUAUGCCAACAACAGCGGCUUCUGCCGCCUGAAGGCUCAAUCUCAGGAGAUCCUCACCAAGAUCAAGGCCGACGGUAAGGUCGAAACCAGCAUCAACAGGCUCAUUGGUUCCCUCUCGCACUUGGACUUCACCGACAUCUACAACGCCACUUCCCAUACCUUCACCUCGAGGGGCACCCUAUCCUUCGGCAUCCACAGGACCGAGAAGGACCACAUGGUCGAGUUCGAGAACCAGGGCAUGGGCAGGCUCAACAACACCCCCCAUCCCGACCGUGAGUACGCCUUCGUCACCGUGUGGAAGGUGACCAAGGGCUACGGCGCUCUGGCGAACGCUAUUGGCACCAUCACUGCCAACGGUGUCUACAACUUCGAGAAGGACGAGGCCAUCGUGGGCGUUGUGGGCGUCAUCUGGUACAAGGACGACCAGGCCGUCAUCGACACCGCCGACAACUAG